UAGAUGUCGCUGUUGUUGCACGGUGUGAUUUUACUACCAGUCAUUAAACGGCCGUCUGGUGAAAACAGCCUCGCGCUGUCAGUCACACGGGGCUUUAAACAUGGCGGAGCGCGUGGCCGCACGUUUGUCCGCACAGGAACGGCAGAUCGAGGCGCUUAGUGAAGAGAUCAGCCGCCUCCGUGACGGACUCAGUGGCGGCUGCUUUAGCGCCGAGAUCGCCAGCGGCUCCGAGCUCGAGGACCUGCGCAGUGAGAACGAGAAGCUCCGGUACCGGCUCGUGCACCUAAAACGCGCGCUCCAGGCAGAACUAGAGCUCGAGACACCGGGCCAGGCCGGCGCGCGCACAGGCCGCGAGAACAAGAGCAACUGUUUGCAUGAGACAAGCAUUAGAGAAAAACCCAAAGUAAAAGUCCCCCAGAAGCCUACUGACCUGCCAAAGCCUUCAGAGGUUCAGAACACAACAGAGAAGAGCAAGAAGAAGGAGAAACCUAAAGGACCUGGAGGACUACUGGAGCUGAACCCAUGUCCCAGCUACAUAUCAGAACGCUUGGAGCUCUAUGUAAGACUGAAGAAUGAGAGUGAUGCCAAUCUGGCCAAGCAGGCAGCUAACAGCAAGCCCAUCUACGUCCAACUGCCUGAUGGACAAAAAGUGGAGGCUCAAUCCUGGGUCACUACUCCUUACCAACUGGCCUGCGGUAUCAGUCAGGGUCUGGCCGAUAACUGUGUGGUCGCGCGGGUGGACGACGAGCUGUGGGAUUUAGAUCGUCCGCUGGAGAAAGACUGCUCUCUGGAACUACUGCGCUUUGACAACGAAGAUGCCCAGGCUGUAUACUGGCACUCCAGUGCCCACAUCCUUGGAGAAGCCAUGGAGCGCUUUUAUGGAGGCUGUCUGUGUUACGGGCCUCCGAUCGAGAACGGCUUCUACUACGACAUGUUCCUGGACGGCCAGAAAGGAGUGUCGAGCACGGAGUUCGGAGAUCUGGAGUUACUCUGUAAGGGCAUCGUGAAAGACAAGCAGCCGUUCGAGAGACUGGAGAUUAGCAAGGAAACACUGCUGGAGAUGUUCAAGUACAAUAAGUUUAAAUGUCGCAUCCUGAAUGAAAAAGUCACCACGCCUACCACUACAGUGUACAGAUGUGGCCCUCUGAUUGACCUGUGCCGAGGUCCGCACGUACGCCAUACGGGCAAGAUCAAAGCCAUGAAGAUCUACAAGAACUCCUCUACGUACUGGGAAGGCCGCUCGGACAUGGAGACGCUGCAGAGAAUUUAUGGGAUUUCUUUCCCCGACGCUAAGAUGCUGAAGGAGUGGGAGCGCUUUCAGGAAGAGGCCAAGAAUCGAGAUCACCGCAAAAUCGGAAAGGAUCAGGAGCUGUUCUUUUUUCAUGAUCUGAGUCCAGGCAGCUGUUUUUUCCUCCCUCGUGGCGCCUACAUCUACAACACUCUGACUGAGUUCAUCAGGGAGGAGUACUGGAGAAGAGGUUUUCAGGAAGUGGCAUCUCCAAACAUCUACAACAGCAAGCUGUGGGAGACGUCAGGACACUGGCAGCACUACAGUGAGAACAUGUUCUCCUUCCCUGUGGAGCAGGACAUCUUCGCCCUCAAGCCCAUGAACUGCCCCGGACACUGUCUGAUGUUCUCUCACCGGCCCCGGUCAUGGAGAGAGCUUCCACUGAGGCUGGCUGAUUUUGGCGUGCUGCACCGUAAUGAACUCUCAGGGACACUGACUGGACUCACCCGCGUCCGCCGUUUCCAGCAGGACGACGCUCACAUCUUCUGCACCAUGGACCAGAUCGAGUCGGAGAUGAAGGGCUGUCUGGACUUCCUGCGCUGCGUCUACGACGUCUUCGGGUUCUCCUUCCAGCUGCAUCUGUCCACCCGGCCGGAGAAGUUCCUCGGGGACGUCGCCGUGUGGGACCAGGCUGAGAAGCAACUUGAGAACAGUCUGAACGAGUUUGGGGAACCGUGGAAGCUAAACCCAGGCGAUGGAGCUUUUUACGGGCCAAAGAUCGACAUCAAGAUCAAGGACGCCAUCGGCCGUUAUCACCAGUGUGCCACCAUCCAGCUGGACUUCCAGCUGCCUAUUCGCUUCAAUUUAACGUACAUAGGGACGGACGGAGAUGACAAAGCCAGGCCUGUGAUUAUUCACCGCGCUAUCCUGGGCUCGGUAGAGAGGAUGAUCGCCAUUCUCACUGAAAACUACGCUGGAAAAUGGCCGCUCUGGUUAUCUCCUCGCCAGGUCAUGGUAGUGCCUGUGAAUCCGUCCCUGGAAGACUACGCCAGUGAAGUGUGUAAGCAGUUUGUGGAGGCGGGUUUCAUGGCGGACGCAGACCUCGACUCUGGCUGCCUUCUGAACAAGAAAAUCCGCAACGCUCAGCUUGCCCAGUACAACUUCAUUUUGGUGGUUGGUGAGAAGGAGAAGAUGACUAACGGCGUCAAUGUGCGCACGAGAGACAACAAGGUCCACGGCGAGCUGACUGUGACCGAGGUUCUGGCUCGGCUCUCGCUGCUCAAACUGUCGCGCUGCAGGAAUGCCGAGGAAGUUUUCUAAACAAAUACACCGACCUGAUUCCAAUUCAGAUCCAAUUUCCCAAUUGUAGCUGGUAGGUAGAAGAUAAUGACUCUAAGAGGUGUCAUGGGUUCAUAGUUAGUCAUCUUGUUUAGUUCAUUUCACUAAACUAAACUAUUUAUUUAUUUAUUUUUGGCUAGUUAGAGUAACCUGUCUCUCUCUGACUUUCUCUCUGUCUGUCGCUCUCCCUUUCUUUUGCUCUCUCUCUUGCCCUCUUUCUCUCUCAGCUUUCUACUUUCACAGCUUGUCAAUUUUAAGGUUGAUCAAAUCUGUGAUUUAAUACUUUUUUAUUAUUAUUUAAACCCUGAACACUUCAGACCCUGUAACACCUCAAGACUAGAUUAAUAAACACUAAUUUCCUAAAUGAGAAGCAAGAGGCUUUAUGUUUGCAUUGGGAUCAGGUCAUCGUGUGUAACAGACAGAACAAAAACAGGACAAACUGUAAAGGGAAAUGCAGUGGCAGAGAAAGUGGGACGUGAUGAUGGUCUGAGUUCAACAAAGAGACUUUAACAGCUUUAGAGGGAACGUAUGAGUGAAAGUAAAUGAAAUUUCUGUUUCAUUUUCAGUGCGUAUGAAAUCUGAGCAGUUUAGUAGACACGUGGGAAGCAGUCGGUGGAGGUGACAUUUGGCUUGAAAACUCGUGAAUACAGAAAAUCAAUUUUGACAAAAUGUCAUUGCAAUGAUGCUGUUUUUUGUUCGUUUGUUUGUUUGUUUGUUUGUUUGUUUUUGGGUGGGUUUUUUGUUUUUUUGGUCAAUUGCACUGACUGUUACAACACAGAUGUUAAAAUUUCAGCCAGACUCUUGUGAAUUGUGUUGUGCUGUUAAAGGGAAGAAUUGAUGGAGUGAUUUGUGAUGGGAUAAACUGAAGUAAAGGCUUUGAUGACUGCAGGGAAUAUUGAAGAAUAAACCAUUUUCAGUGA